AUGGAUUUCCGAAAUGUCACGGGCGGAAACAGGGACCAGGUGCCGUUCGGAAGCGCUCUGUCAGUGUCCUUGCGCCUUUCCCUGCCCCGUCUUGGGCGUGUGGAACGUUCCGUGGACAGUAGUCCCACCGUGUCACCGGAGCCAGUUUGCGGGCUCAAAUUGAAAACUAAUUUCGACUGCACGGGAGAAGCGGAGGGUCGACGGUCAAGCUCGCGCGCUUGUCUUCCAACUCCCCGAAAAGCACACGGUCUCAAGCAAGAAAAGGCGGAAUGUCGGUUCGACGGCGAACAACCCGCGAGCCGAAAAGUUCGCCUCUGGGACGUGCGCGCCAACUGUGUGCCAUCUGAUAGUUACCGGGGCGGCGAGCACAAAGAGCCGCAGCAAGGCUUUCGUUCUUCGGAAGCUCGCUUCCUUGGCGAGACGAACUUUACCGUGACAAUGGAAAGAGCUGCCGUAGCUUUUGAAAUGUUGGUGCGAGCAGGGUUGACUACCGACACACAUUUUCAAAAAAACUAG